AGGUGACAAUGUACUGCACUUGAUUAGACCGUGAUGUCUAACUACACAAUAGUACAAUAUUCAAAGUUAUUUAUUACUUCAACUGCAACAUCAGGGUGAUAUUCAAAACAAAUAUGGGGCUCAAGAAUAUUAUUCAGGGUUUGUUCAAACGAAAUUAUAGUAAUGUUGUUAAAAUUACGAUUAAGGACGCUUUUGGAAAAUAUUUAUUGUUGACUAACACUGGAACUUGUGGAGUAUUAAUGCUUAUUGGUGAUAUCGCACAACAAGAAAUUGAAUACCAAAGGCAUAUGUUACCUGAAAGAUACGAUUGGACUAGACUGUGGCGAAUGACAUUGGUUGGAUUUGGUUAUGGUCCACUACAUCAUUUUUUUUAUACCGGAAUAGCUAAAAUAUGGCCUCAAAAAACGUUACAAACAGUUGGAAAAAAACUUUUAGCUGAUCAAUUCAUAAUGAGCCCUGUUUGUAUUAGUUUUCUUUUUUAUGGUGUGGGUUUGUUAGAAGGAAAUACUUUCAGGGAAUGUGCCACCGAGUUACAACAAAAAUUUCUUGAAGUUUACACGGUUGAUUGGUGCGUUUGGCCGCCAGUGCAAUUCGUAAAUUUCUAUUUCCUCCCACUCAAAUAUCAGGUUCUUUAUAUAAAUACAGUAACAAUGCUGUAUAACAUCUUUUUGUCAUAUAUGAAACAUAGAGAAAUAGCACAAAGAAAUUUAGAAAUUUACGAAAAUGAAAAGGGGAGAAAAACGGAAUAAAUCUAGUCAGUAUUAUCGAAGUGAUUAUAUAGAUAGAUUAAAUUAAUUAACAAUAAUAGCUACAUACAGAAUGUUAUUAAUCUUAUAAAUUUAUUUAUUUUAAAUAAAGCAAGUUUAAAACA